UCACCAAAAGCAGUAUAUAGAGAAUAGUACUAUUUUAAUUGGGGCUUAUAGUUUUGCUCCUCGUGUUUGAUUUCUCUUAGCUUACACACCUUAUUAGUUAUUAUAUAUUAUGUAGUUUCAUUCUAUAUAACAUCUCAAAGGGUCUCUGAAAUAAGGGAAAUUAAUUGAGAGUUUGAUCUAAUAGUAAUUUUUUGAUACAGAUAAAACACAACAUAAAUAUUUUACAUGUCCUUGUUAACCGUGGCACUGGCGCAUCAAAAGGGUUCAAGUGAGUUGCUCAGCUUCACGGCACAGCAUGGCGGCGGUGGUGAUAGUGAAGGUAGAACCUCUGGCGGCUCCGUUGAAUCUCAGUCGCUAGGAUUGAAUCAAGCGGUGGUGAGGCGGCAAGGUGAGGCAACAAUGCAAGGUUCAAUGGUUUCAGGGUACAACAGAACAAGAGAACAGACAGAAAUGAUUUCAGCUCUGACACAAGUGGCUUCAGGGUCUGGUAAUGAGUUGUUCCAGGGAAGUGGUUUUCCUAUGAUGUCAGGUUUUGGACAAGUGUCUUCUUCUGGUUUGUCCUCUGGUUCUGUUUCUGGUUCUUGGGUUGGCAACAAAAGAGGGCGUGAAGAAGAAGAAGAAAGCAGUGUUUCUCAUCAGUAUAUGCAGCAACAAACCAUUCCUAGACUCUUCAGAACUACUGUUGGUAACUUCAUGGUACCUUCUCCAGUUGAAUCAUCUUCAGUGACAGAAGAAUCUCCUUCUACCACUACCGCCGUAUCCGCUGCUGCGCCAUCGUACGAAGACACCGGCGAGAGGAGAAGAAAGUACAGGGGAGUGAGGCAGAGGCCAUGGGGAAAAUGGGCAGCAGAAAUCCGCGAUCCACACAAAGCAGCAAGAGUCUGGCUCGGAACAUUCGACACAGCAGAAGCUGCAGCAAGAGCAUAUGAUGAAGCUGCAUUGAGGUUCAGGGGAAACAGAGCAAAACUCAACUUCCCAGAAAAUGUUAGAGCAGUACCACCACGACCACCGCCGCCACAACAACAAUUUCAAGCUUUUCCGGCCACCCGGCUCGCCAUUCCUGACCCUCUACCACCACCGCAGCUGCAGAAUCCGCCGCCAUUUCAGGGACAGCCUGAAUUGAUGAGAGACUAUUUGGAAUAUUCUCAGCUUCUGCAGAAUUAUGGUGAAUUUCAACUUCAGCAACAGCAACAGCAACAAGAAUCUUCUAGUUUGCUUCAACAGCUAUACUAUGACACACAAUUGGUUACACUUCAAUCACCAUCUUUUUCUUCUUCUGUAUCAUCAUCAUCAACAACAACAACAACACAGUUUUCACCAUCUACUCAGCUUUCCCCUGCUUCAUUUCCCCUGUUUUCUAGUCAACAACUGGGAAUUUCCCGGCCGCCGGGAAACCUCCCUGGUGGCGGAAGAGGCGGCAGCAGCAGCGGUGGAAGACAGUUUACUCCGUCAACGUGGUCAGAUACCAGUGGCCAUCGACCACCUUAUGGUUGAUUCACUGCUUCAGUUUCCCACAUAUAUUUCCUUUUUUUUUUCAUACACUCUUUCUAGAAGAAGGAAAAAGACAAAAGACAUGAUAUUUGUUUAAAUGAUGUUUUAUUCUUUGUUCAACUAAUUGUAUCACGUUAAUUAAAAAUAGUAGUACAUGUGAAGUUAAAAAUGGUGAAUACAUGCAUUCCUUAAUUGAUAAGAAAUAA